AACGCUAACCUUGCUUCAUAGAAGUGAAGAUCUUGCUUCUUUGUGCUCUUUAUUCCUUAAAAAAAGUUUGUAGGUCCUAGGAAAGAGAAUGAAGUAAAAACAUUCCCUUCCCAACAGUAGUAAAGAACAAUAACACGGAAUAAGAUGUGUCCGGUCAAUCCAACUCCGUUGUUUUGCAAAGUAAAAUGAGUUCCGGAGAUGGCAAUUUGGCCAAGUCACACUUGACCUAGACUCCAAGUCGUCUACUUUCCUCCUUUACCAUCACUGAGAUUGUUUCAGUGGUUGCACUCUACCUUCCCGAAGCUGCAGGGAGAUUCUGUUAGCUUGGAAUCCUGGAAGAGAGACCGUUCAGGUACCCUGUUCAACAGUCGACUUCAACUAGAAUUGAGAUUUUUUUUAGAAGAAUGACAUCAAGACGGAAAACCAGGCGUGGGAACGUUUGCGCCAAGUCAGGUUCCCACCCGGACUCAUUUUUUCGGGUUCCAGGAUGUGAGGAGUGUAUAACUCGAUUUUCCGGAACUGUGCCUUUCCGCGAAUCCCUGUCCUUGAAGUUUAGCUUGCCUUUUUACUGGCGCGACGCUGGCAAUGCCAAGGAUUGAACCCAGGGAUCCCUGUGUCCUGGACAGUCACUCUGCUUCGGAUCUAUACUCCCAGGCCCUUUAUUUAAAAGCAGCAUGCUUCUGAUGUAAACCCUCCACUUAGAUGUAAAAAUACAGUAAUCAGAACUGCUUGACAUCUUCCUGAACAAGACUUAAUAGGGGCCAGUAUGCUUCACUUCAUCCAGAGGUUUUCUCAAGCAUCUUCAAAGAUGCUGAAGUACCCAUUCACAAUGAGCAUGGGAACCAGAAGAAUAGAUAUACUUUCUCUCAAAUCAUCUCUUCAUCAGAACUUAUUCCUUUUUUUUCCUACAUCUUGUGUUUUCCCAUCAUUUCCAGUAUGUAUGAGUAAGACACGAUGGUAUCAUACAUCCCCAUGCAGCUUUAAGAAGAAGCAGAAGCAAGUAGUACUUCCAGCCAGGCCACCGAGCACCAUCACUUACCUGCCUGACAGCCCAAAGCCAGCAUUAUAUAUAACUUUGGCAGGGCUAAUCCCUUUCAUUGCUCCACCAUUGAUCAUGGUCAUGACCAAGACUUAUAUCCCUGAAUUAGCUUUUACUCAGAUGGCUUAUGGCGCCAGUUUCCUAUCUUUCUUGGGAGGAGUAAGAUGGGGUUUUGCUCUGCCAGAAGGUAGUCCAGCUAAACCAGACUAUCUUAAUUUAGCUAAUAGUGCAACUCCUGUUGUGUUUUCAUGGUUUGCCAUCCUUUUUUCUGAAGGACUCAGUGAAGCCAUAGUCUUAGUAAUAAUAGGUUUGGGGAUAGCAUUACAUGUUGAACUUUUUCUCUUGCCACAUUAUCCCAACUGGUUCAAGGCUCUAAGAAUACUUGUCACUUUAGUGGCUUUUUUUUCAUUUGUAGUCACGUUACUACUUAAAGAUAUUUAUCCAGAGAAAGGACCCAAGUAGAAUAAAUAUAAAACUAUUUGGUCAAGUAGAAUAAAUAUAAAACUAUUUUGUAAAGUUGCAUUUUGGCAUGACCUUUUAUCUCUGUUUGGCUUUUUCCCCUUCACUAGCAGUGGUAGUUCUUUAUAUGUUGUUUUUCAUUUCUAAAAAUUAUUUCAUAGUAAUUGCUUGAGAAAGAACAGGAAAAUUCCUAACAGGUCUUUGUCAUGCCAUAUUAGGUUGAUUUACAUUCAGUCUUUUUAUGAAUGAUAUGUCAUCCACUUAAACAUUUCAAUGUUUGAUCUUGAAAAAUGUAAAAUAAAAAAGCAAGACCCUGGGUUUGAUCCUCAGUACCACAUAGAAAAAUAAAUAAAAUAAA